UCUACUCGGUGCCCGGUUCCGCGCGAUAUUUUGUGACUGCCUGUCUGUGCGGUGCUCGGUGCUUUAGCCUGUGCUUCUCGGCUCCCUAGACCCAUCGAGGAAUAGGGAGGUCGACAUGACCCGGUUGGGAUUGCGAUUCGUCGCAUUCGCAGUUUGCCUGGCCGGGAUUGUUAGUGGGGUGCAAUAUAAUUACACAGGACGACCACCGCCGGUCGUGCCAUUGGAACGAGGGGAUAUUGGAAAGCCUACAAACGGUAGCGAUGACGACUAUGACAGUUCGGGAUGGAGAUAUUUAAGCAAAGGGUUCAUCACGGACAACGAAGAAUACGAGGAAGAAAGGCGGAACGACAGUUUCACAGCUGGUCAUUAUAGUCCGGAUGAGAGAACUCGGCAUUGGUUUCUUAGAAAUAGGACCGAUAUUCACAAUCAAGUUUACCCGGAUCCUUCUUAUCCCGACCGAACAUAUAAUGGCUUCGACAGAUAUCCUGACAGUGGCGGCGCGUCAGGAUCCGAAAUUCUCAAUGGUCAUUUGGAGGGUACAUAUAGCGGUGCUGGUGAAAACGAACGAGAUUCUUAUGGUCAAGCAGGUUCCGAUUCUAGCGAUCCUUAUGAUAGUAGUUAUGGAGGAGGUAGUAGUUACGGCACGGGAGGAACAGCCUAUGGACAUGGAAGCGGAACCGCUUACGGUGGUGGUCGUGGAGAUCCCUAUAGUCGUGGUAGCGGUGGUAGUCAUGGAACCGAAGAUGCAUACGGUCGUGGUCGUGGAACCGAAGAUGCAUACGGUCGUGGUCGUGGAACCGAAGAUGCUUACGGUCGUGGUCGUGGAACCGAAGAUGCUUACGGUCGUGGUCGUGGAACCGAAGAUGCUUACGGUCGUGGUCGUGGAAGCGAUGACGGCGAUCGUGGACGUGGUUACGGUGGUUAUGGGGGUUACGGUGCCUCCGGAGAUAAUGAAAAUUAUCCGAGCAAUUACCAAGUGGUACCUAUGCCCGGAGCACCGCGAAAUUGCACCGGAUCAGGAUGCUGUGUGCCCAAGUGUUUCGCCGAGAAGGGAUCGCGGGGACCACCAGGAAUAAUCGGACCGCAAGGUCCUAAGGGACAACGAGGGUUUCCAGGAGCAGAAGGUCUUUUAGGACCUAAAGGUGAGAAAGGAGAUCCUGGGCCACAAGGUCCGCAUGGUGCGAAAGGUGAUAGAGGAAAAAUGGGCAUGCCUGGAUUUCCUGGCAUAAAUGGUGUGCCUGGAGUACAAGGACCCCCGGGUCCUCCAGGUUUUCCUGGUCGUGACGGUUGCAACGGAACAGAUGGUGAACGUGGACGUGAUGGUGUCCCUGGAGCACCAGGACCUCGUGGUUUACCAGGUAUACCUGGACCCAAGGGAGAAAAAGGUCAGCCAGCAUAUGCUGGUAAGUUCCCAUUAGGUCAAAAAGGCGAACCUGGUUUGGAUGGUGUAAGAGGACCUCCCGGUCCUCCUGGUUUUCAGGGACAGCGAGGUCCAUCUGGCCCGAAGGGUGAACGAGGUCCCUAUGGUGCUCCUGGAAUACCGGGUCCAAAAGGAGAGAAAGGAAAUAUGGGUCUUGGAUUUGAAGGAUUAAAGGGAGAUAAAGGUUAUAAAGGUGAAGCAGGACCUCCGGGUAUUUCGGUAUCUGAUCGGCUGCCAUUUCAAGGAGCCGUAAAAGUGAUCGGUCCGCCUGGAGAUCCAGGCCCAAGAGGAGACAAAGGUGAAAUGGGACCAGAAGGACAAAAGGGAGAACCAGGAGUCAUAGGUGAUCAUGGUAUACAUGGAGGACCAGGUCAAAAAGGAGAAAAAGGUCUCCCAGGAGCUCCAGGCAUUCGUGGUAGAGAUGGUUUUUCUGGACCUCCUGGACCUCCUGGACGAAAAGGUGAUCGUGGUAUUGAUGGAUUAGAAGGACUUGCUGGACGACCUGAAAAAGGAGAACCCGGUCGAGAUGGACCAUCGGGUGUUCCAGGUUUACGAGGACCUCCUGGACCGCCGGGAGGAGGUAAAGGAAGACCGGGACCACCAGGUCCGAAAGGACCGCGUGGUUUUCCAGGACCUACUGGGCCGCGUGGAGCAGACGGUUUCCCAGGAGAUCCAGGACCAAGAGGACCAAUAGGUCCACAAGGAGGUCCAGGAUUACCUGGUAUUCCAGGUCCAGAAGGUUUACCAGGAGAAAAAGGUACAAAGGGUGAACCUGGCUUGACUGGAUUUCCUGGAGGUCCAGGACCACGUGGGUUCGAUGGACCACCCGGAGCUGUGGGGCCACGUGGACCACCCGGAGAAAAAGGAUGUAGUCCUGGUUUACCAGGUCCUCCGGGUGAGAAGGAGAAAGGUCUUCCUGGACCACCAGAAGAAGGUCCACCAGGUUAUCCGGGAUUAGCAGGCUUUGUUGGCGAGAAGGGAGACAUUGGUGUGCCAGGAAUAAAUGGUUUGCCAGGAGCACCUGGUGAAAAAGGAGACACUGGUCUGAUUGGUCCACCUGGUCCUCCAGGUGUUGCUGGUAUUCCAGGAGCAGAUGGAAGCAAAGGUGAGCCAGGAUUACCAGGAGAACCUGGUAGAUCGGGUCUCCCAGGAUUUCCAGGCGCAAAAGGGGACCGUGGUGAACCAGGUAUUGAUGGAUCAAAAGGAUAUCCUGGUAGACGAGGAUUACCUGGUCCUCCAGGUAGACUUGGAUUGGAUGGUAUACCAGGUAUAAAGGGUGAACGCGGUGAGAAAGGAUCGCCGGGAUUCCCUGGGUUACCAGGUAUGGAAGGAAAACCUGGUCGUACCGGUUUAUCUGGACCAAAAGGAGAUCAAGGACUACCGGGUGCACCUGGUUUACCAGGAAUGAUUGGUUAUGAGGGAGCCAAAGGUGAUACUGGUUUCCCGGGUCCACCGGGAAGAAAAGGAGAACCAGGAGAAGUAUCAGAAAAAGGACAAAAAGGUGAGCCAGGAAUGCCUGGAAUACGAGGUCCACCAGGUCCUCCAGGACGAGAUGGUAUCGAUGGAGCAAAAGGAGAACCUGGCAAAAUAGUUCCGGGACGUGAUGGAUUACCUGGACCGAAAGGUGAGCCAGGUCUAUCGGGUCGAGAUGGAUUACCGGGAUUACAAGGUCAAAAAGGUGAUACUGGCGUACGAGGAUUCGCUGGAAUAAAAGGCGACUUUGGUCCAUCGGGUAUACCCGGAGCACCAGGACCUCCAGGCAUAGACGGACUUCCUGGAGAAGUUGGUGAUAUCGGACCACCAGGAGUACCUGGUUUUCCUGGUCUUGAUGGCGAGAUAGGUGCUCCUGGUCGGCCUGGACUUGAUGGUGUUAAAGGAGAUCGUGGAUUACCAGGGCUCGUUGGAUUACCUGGUAUUCCGGGAGCAUCUGGAGAAAAAGGAGAUCGUGGUCCCCCUGGACCAACAAUCCAGAUUAAGGGUGAAAAGGGUGAACCAGGUAUUCCUGGAUUUCCUGGAGUAAAAGGAGACAAAGGUGAUCAAGGUUUAUCAGGUAUAGUUGGUUAUGAUGGUGAAAAAGGUGAUAGAGGUCUACCUGGACCCGAAGGAGCUCCCGGACCUCACGGUGCUCCUGGACCUAAAGGUGAACAAGGACCUUCUGGUAUUCCUGGAGUUCCUGGAGUUACAAUAAAGGGCGAAAAGGGUUUGCCCGGUUUACUGGGUAAACAUGGUAGAGAUGGUUUCCCUGGACGAGCCGGCGAGAAAGGUGAACCAGGAUU